AUGCUUCCUCCUGUGGAUGAGGCGGUUCUGCGGAACAACCCCGACUUUGCCGCACUCUACAAAACGCUCACAACGGUGAUCCUCAAUCCGGAUGGAUCAACAAAGGCACAUGUCAAUGCAAAGGAGCGGGCGGCCGUUAGAGAGAGAGCAAAAGAAGCGCGGUUACGAGCUGCCAAGAACCACAUCCUUGUUCAGGCCAUCUCUAGCAUUGCCGCACCGCCACCGGCAUCCGAGACUGCGGGUGCAGCGGAGGGAAAGAUUGGUGGUGCCGCAGCUCGCCGAGCUGCGCGUGCUGGUACCGUUCCCCGGCCGGCGCCGCUCGUGCCACCACCCAAGCCGGCCAACGACCUGCCGCCCGACCUGAUGGACCUGCUGAUGCUCCUGCCGCCACUCUUGCAACUGGCCAAUGAGCCAGAGGAGUCGUCAUCUUCUUCGUCGUCGACACUCUCCGGCGAAGACGUCGAGCUGCUCCUGUCCAGCCCCCCCUUCACAUCCCUCCCCCAACACCUGCCGCGCAUUGCCAGCCUUGUGUCUGAGAACCUGCAGACCUCCGCCCGCGGCCUGGCCCGCGUCAUGAACCCGACCACCAAUCCGUCGUACCUGCACCGCGCCGUGCCUGGCCUACCUGCCCAGGUGGUGGCCCUGCAAAAGGCCAUAGUGGACACGCGCAUCAAACUGGCCGCGGAACGGCACGCCACCGCCACCGCUCUGUUGGCGCUGCUCGACCUCCACGCGGCCAACCUCACGAGCCUCAUCCGCGCUCUCGAAGCCAAGCACGGCCCCGUGGCGCGGUCGCUCGAGCUGCGGGCGGCCGAGGUGUCCCUGGCGGCGCAGGCCGGUGAAGUGGACGCCCAGGCCACGAGGGCGGCGGCCGUGCGGGCCGUGUAUCCCCAGGAGGCGGUGACGGCGCUGCGCAACUACGCGAGCCACCUGCGCGACAGCAAGAUGCGGCUGGAGGAGACGAUCCGCGAACGCAAGGCGUUGCUGCGGGAGUACGGGAUCGACGUGGAUGCCGACGACGGCGAAACGGACGAAAAGACCAAGAGCAAGGGCCGUACCAUGCGUGAAAUGGCACGGGUCUACCGCGAGAUGGGGCAGCAGGUGGAGGACGUGCGAAACGACUUGGCACGGCUGGGCCGGUGA